ACUUGCCAUGACUAGCCUCAGGAAAAGUUGCUCAAUGUUAAUGUUUGACAAGUAGGAAGAAGGGCCUUGGCUGCCAUAUCUCUUCGUCUUAGACAACACAACCGCACUUUUUCAGUUCUCCUUCUACUCAAGAGUUGGCUUGCUGCUUUGUGAAGGAAUUACAUAUUCAAAUCUGAAGGAGAAAGACACAAAGACACCAUGGAGGUGCUGGUGCUGAUCGACUUCGAGGGCAACAUGGCAGACGAGAUCACAGUGAGGAUGGGGGAUGUGGUCAAAAAGGUCACCAAGGCCAGCGAGGAGGGAUGGCUGGAGGGCGAGCUGGGAGGAAAGAGAGGCAUCUUCCCCGCUAACUUUGUCAAGGAGGUGCCAGUCUAUUUGAUAGGUGACAGCAAGAGGGAACCACGAAGCCUUAGAAAAACGAAGAAGAUGAAACAUACGAGGAAAUGCCAGGUAGAGUUUGCCUACAGCCCCAUGAAUGAAGAUGAGCUGGAGCUGAAUAUUGGGGACACCAUAGAGAUCAUCAAAGAGAUUGAAGAUGGAUGGUGGAUGGGGCUGAAAAAUGGCAAAGUCGGAGCAUUUCCGUCAAAUUUUGUCAAAGAAAUUUUUUCUCCUAAAGAUGGCAAACAGAAUGAGGGCAAGGCAAGACCCAAGCUCACUGAUAUGGUGUUCAAUAAGGAGAUAUCUCAGAGGGCAAGUGUGAGGAACAAAGCAAGAAAUGUGGUUGAGUGUUGCCAAGUAAUGUUUGACUACAAGGCCAAAGCAGAGGACGAGUUGGACCUGAAAAAAGGAGAUGUUGUUGUGAUACUGAAAAAGGAAGCAGAAGAUGAAGGCUGGUGGGAGGGAGAGCUAAACGGACGCUGUGGCUUCUUUCCUGAUAACUUUGUCAUGGUGAUACCACCAAUGGAUAGUCUGAAAUCCGGGACUGCAAGCCAACCACCUGAACGCAACGUAGACAAGAGACUCUCAGUCAAGACAGAGGCCUCAGCGAUGGAGAAAGGUGGUCUAGCAAAGACAAAAGAUGAUAAACCAGACAGUAAAGACCUGAGAAGCAAUCCUCCAACCAAAGUCAAGCUUCCACCAAUCAACAAGCCCAGCCCGCCGCCCGUCAAAGACAAACCUAACAAGGUUUUACCCAAAACCAACGGCGAUGUUUCAUUGAAACAACCAGAGGAGAAAGAGGUCGACCAGUUUGAUGGAGUGGAUUUGCAGACUGAAAAGCUGAGUCAUCCUACAGCAAACAGAGCCAAACCCCCGCAGAGAAGACCACCAUCAGGCCUGGUCGCAGCAAUCCAUGCGGCUCAGAGUGCCACUGACCAGACAGAACCAGAAUUAUCGCCAAAAAAGUUCCAGACAGAGAAAUUAGCUGGCUGGCAAAAGGGUACAGAAAAUCUCCUGCCCUCACCCGCAAAGCCUGAUCAUCGACCCAAGACGCCGCCUCCGGUUCGACCAGCACCACCCAAAGUAGUUGUGGAUGGCAGAACUGUGACGCAUAAAGAAGAGCCAACUGUGGAAAGCCUGCAGGUUGAGAUCAAAGAGCUGAGGAUGGCUCUGGAGCUGCUACAGACGCGACAUGAACGAGACAUGCAGGAAGUGAAAGACGAACUGAGGGAGGAGGGAAACAAACGACAGGCACUGCAGGAGGAAGUGCAAACUUUGAGGAUGAAGCAUUAAUCCCAACGCAGACUGUGACUGGGCUGCCUGUCUGACACUGUGAUAAGAUAACAAGAUGAAAUUUUUUCUGGCUUGGAAUGGGGAUGGAAAAGACAAACAAGCUCUCCCAGUGCAGACUCAUUAGCGAGGGCUAAAGUAGAAAACAGCUGGACAUAACAUCAAGCUAAUCUUGCACUGGACUGGUGAAACUUCGGACAAAGACUUUUAAAUGAUGUACUGUUAAAAGUUUUACAUAUUUGAAUGCUGGAAAUCACAAACAUUGGUUCUUAGUGGGUUUAGCUUUGUUGCAAAUUUAUGUUUUACACUGUUCUGUUUCAACUGUCCUUUUUAUGACCUUUAUUAUUGGUUUAUUGUACUUUUAACAUUUGACAAUUAAUGCCUCAGGCAAACAAUUAAUAUAUGCAGCUGUACAUAGGAGGAAAUAUUGUGAUGUCUUUUGCAAAGACGUAAAAUAUAGUUUUAAAGUCAUCCAAAAGUGCAUUGUUAUCUGAAUGUUAAUACCUGAAAUACAACUGUCGAAAAACAUGGGCUGACAUGCAGGGGAUUUUCUACACCAGAUUGUAAUGCUGCAUCAAUCCACUGGGGGGCACUGUAUGACAAUUCUACAUGAAGAGAAGUGCUAAACCUUUCAGUGAAUGCUGGAUUGUUCGAAAUGAACUGGCACUAAUGACCUCACAUUUGGAAUAAAAAGGAGCAAAUGUGUUAAGAUUAAAGAUUUAAGCAAAA